GGAAAAUAAGUGACGCAACCAGCUGAAGACUGCCGAGUUUUUGUGACCACAGCAGUGAGAACGGGGCUGCUUUUCCUGCUGGUCAUCGAUCCCGCGGCCAGAUCUUCUGUACUGGUUCUGUACAUCCGAGGUUCUAACCAUGAUGCAGUUCAUAGUUGGCUUCACUUUGGGGAACGUGGUCGGGAUGUAUCUCGCACAGAAUUAUGAGGUUCCCAACAUCGCAAAGAAGAUAGAGGCCUUCAAAAAGGACGUGGAAGCCAAGAAAAAGCCUCCAGAGUGACAACAAUGAAGGACGUGGAGGGGAAAAUACAUAAUUUAUGGCUUGUCUGCAAAUGGAAAUCACUGGGAAUAAAAGCAGCACAUGUAUUUUAGAUCCCAACAGCUGACUAAGUUCUGUGAAGAACCUAAAUUUUCUGAUCACAGUGUAGUCAGGUGGUCAAACAGUGCCUAAAAACAGAGCUAUGAUUUGAUGCUUUAUAUUUUAUGCACUUCUCUUUAGCACUUUUUGUUAUGGAAGUGUCAGAAUUGACCUUAAGGGUAUUUGUUACAUUCUCAUGCACAUUAAGACACUGAUUUCUUCGCUGCAUAGAUCUUUAUGAAAACGACUUACUUGAAAAUCAUUCUAAGGGCUGGUUUUGGAGACACAAAUCUUAGUCGUAGAAUAAACUAUCACUUAUCAUUGUGUCCAAAUAACCACUCCUUAGAGGGGAACUCCACCAGUUUUUCAAAAUUUAUGUAUAAUUAAAUGGUUAAUACAUCAACAAAGUCGUUCAGAGUGGUUUGGUGUGAAACGCUCCGUUCUAGAGAAAGUUACCGAGUCAGAACUGUUCACAGAGGUGGUGAUAGGAACCAGACGUCCACCUCUAAAAGCUCCCUCACAGAAAGUGAUUAAAUGAAAUAGUUAUGAAUUCACUGAGACGCAGUUUUACAGUACUUGUUUUAAACCAAUCAAGGUGGAGGGAUACAUAAAAGGUGUUCUAAGGCAAAAUAGCCCCCAAAAUAAACUUUUUUUUUAGGUUUUGCUGUUAUUUUGCCAUAAAAAACUCUACAGACGUGUGUACGUUGACUGGUGGUUUAUAGUGGAUAGUAAAUAAAAUGUCUAUAUUUUUGCUGUAGUCAUGGUGACCCCUGGUUCCUAUCACCACCACUGUAAAGACAUCUGAGUUGGAAAGUUUGUCUACAAAUUAACGAUUUCACAUCAAACCAAUCGGAACGACUUUGUUUUCUGAUAUGCAUAAUUAAUGCCUAUUUCCCCAAAUUAAUGCCGAUUUCGUUAUGCACAGAUUUUACUGGAUAACCUCAAGAGUUACCUUUGGGUCUGUAUUCAUACAGUAUCAUCUCAUGCAUGUUCUUAUGUUUGGUGCCUAAGUUAUAUCAACAAGGAACUCAACAGAGGCUGUGUUUAGAAGUGAAAUGCUCAGUAUAGUGAAACAAUCAUUAAAUAAUACAAGUUACUCUUAUAUUCUAUUAGGAAUUCAUGACUUAAUCUCAAACUACUCCUAGUAUGACAUGGUAAAUAUACAGUAUUGGUAUCUUGUUUGCACUGGAAAUGAAAAUGGAAACAAAGAAAUUGUAGUGACCAUGCAGUUGAAUAAAUGUGCCAGUUUGGAACGUUA